AGCUGUGUGGGACUGAGUGAGAGGAGGACAGAGACCCAGACGUGUGCAGACCAGAGUCCACAAAGAGUUUUUCAAGAACAGAAACAGCUUUUCUUUUUGUCAUCUGUGUUGGAUUUCAAAACUUGCAUUGACAUACAACUAGGAGGAGAAAAAGGAUUUGUCUUGUCUCACAGCUCAGGAUUUUUUUUUUUCUUUUUGAGAUUUUUAAAGUGUAAAAUAAUCCAGAGGACUACCACAAGGGCUUUGUUUUUAUUCAGAGGUUUUUUGCUUUGGUGGAGCAGGGAGCACUUUUGGUCAAAAUGCCAGUCAAAAAGAACUGUUUUGGAGCUGGCGGGAGCAUCCUUUCCAGGCGACCUGUCUGGAUGUGUGUGGUAAUGCUCUCUGCCUUGCUCAUGGGCAACGCCAGUGCAUGCCCAGCGCUGUGUACCUGUAGUGGCACCACAGUGGACUGCCAUGGACUGGGUCUGAAAAUCAUGCCAAGGAAUAUCCCCCGCAACACUGAGAGGCUGGAGCUGAAUGGAAACAACCUCACACGCAUCACCAAAAGUGACUUUGCAGGACUGAAGUAUCUCAGAGUAUUGCAACUGAUGGAGAAUCAGAUUACUGUGAUUGAGCGGGGAGCGUUUGAUGACAUGAAGGAGUUGGAGCGACUACGGCUGAACCGUAAUCAAAUGCAGCAGCUUCCGGAGUUGCUGUUUCAGAAGAACCCAGCCCUGUCUCGACUAGAUCUGAGUGAGAACUUCAUCCAGUCCAUUCCCAGAAAAGCUUUCCGAGGAGCUACAGACAUCAAGAACCUUCAGCUGGAUAAAAACCACAUCGCCUGCAUCGAGGACGGUGCCUUCAGAGCUUUGAGAGGUUUGGAAGUUCUAACUCUGAACAACAACAACAUCAGCAGCAUCCCGGUUUCCAGCUUCAACCACAUGCCCAAACUACGAACAUUCCGUCUUCAUUCCAACAAUCUGAACUGCGACUGUCACCUCGCCUGGUUGGCUCAGUGGUUAAGGCAGAGACCGACAAUUGGCCUGUUUACCCAGUGCACAGGGCCAACCGAACUCAGGGGUCUCAAUGUGGCCGAAGUUCAGAAACAUGAAUUCAGUUGUUCCGGUCAUCAAGAGUCGUCCAGUUUACAGCCGUGCAGCACAGGCGGAGGCUCCUGCCCGUCCAUGUGCACCUGCAGCAACAACAUAGUGGACUGCAGAGGGAAAGGCCUGAGUGACAUCCCAGCCAACCUGCCCGACAGCAUGGCUGAAAUACGUCUGGAGCAGAACGGGAUUAAGUCUGUCCCACCUGGGGCCUUCUCUCCCUACAAGAAACUGCGUAGGAUAGACCUAAGCAACAACCAGAUUUCAGAGAUAGCUCCAGACGCUUUCCAGGGACUUCGCUCCCUCAACUCGUUAGUGCUGUAUGGAAAUAAGAUCACGGACCUGCCCAAGGGGGUGUUUGACGGCCUCUACUCUCUUCAGCUGCUGUUGCUGAAUGCCAAUAAGAUUCACUGCGUUCGCGCCAAUGCCUUCCAGGACCUGCAGAAUCUCUCGCUGCUAUCACUCUACGACAAUAAGAUCCAAACACUCGCCAAGGGCACCUUCACUUCCCUGCGAGCUAUACAGACUCUUCAUCUUGCCCAAAACCCAUUUAUUUGCGACUGUAAUCUGAAAUGGCUGGCGGACUACCUGCGCUCCAACCCCAUUGAGACCAGUGGGGCCCGCUGCGCCAGCCCUCGCCGGCUGGCGAACAAGCGGAUCGGACAGAUCAAGAGCAAGAAAUUCCGCUGCUCUGCCAAAGAGCAGUACUUCAUCCCAGGAACAGAAGACACCCGUUUGAAUAACGCCUGUAACAGUGACCCGGUGUGUCCCCCGAAGUGCCGCUGUGAGUCCAACGUAGUGGACUGUUCCAACCUGAAGCUCACCAAGAUCCCUGAGCACAUCCCUGCGUCCACCACCGAGCUUCGACUCAACAACAAUGAGAUCACGGCUCUGGAGGCGACUGGUGUUUUUAAGAACCUCUCCCAACUGAAGAAAAUAAACCUGAGCAACAACAAGAUCACAGAGAUUGAAGACGGAACCUUUGAAGGAGCGUCCUCUGUCAACGAGCUUCACCUCACAGCCAAUCAGAUCGACACAGUGCGAAGUGAAAUGUUCCGCGGCCUGGAAGGGUUACGCAUGCUGAUGCUGAGGAACAACAAGAUCAGCUGCGUUCACAACAACAGUUUCACCGGGCUGCACAACGUCCGGCUUCUGUCUCUGUACGACAACCAGCUCACUACCAUCACUCCCGGAGCCUUCGACACCCUGCAGACACUUUCGACCCUCAACCUGUUGGCCAACUCCUUCAACUGUGACUGCCACUUGUCCUGGCUCGGUGACUGGCUGAGGACUCGGAAGAUUGUCACCGGCAACCCUCGCUGCCAGCGACCUGCCUUCCUAAAAGAGAUUCCGCUUCAGGAUGUGGCUCAGCCCGAUUUCCGCUGUGAAGAGGGCCAGGAGGAGUCCAGCUGUGUGCCGAGACCCCAGUGCCCCAGCGAAUGCACUUGCCUGGAGACUGUGGUGCGCUGCAGCAACAAGCACCUCCACGCACUGCCCAAAGGCAUUCCCAGAAAUGUCACUGAACUAUAUUUGGAUGGAAAUCAGUUCAGUGUCGUUCCAAAGGAGCUGUCGACUUUCAAGUACCUGCAGUUGGUAGAUCUGAGCAACAACAAGAUCAACUCUCUGACCAACUCAUCUUUUGCCAACAUGAGCCAGCUCACCACACUCAUCCUCAGCUACAACUCCUUGCGCUGCAUUCCCGAAAUGGCACUCAGCGGGCUGCACUCCCUCCGGCUGCUGUCUCUCCAUGGCAACGAAAUCUCAGAACUUCCCGACGGAAUCUUCAGCGACGUGGCCUCGCUGUCCCACUUAGCCAUCGGUGCCAACCCUCUGCACUGUGACUGCCGUCUGCGCUGGUUGUCUGACUGGGUCAAGACCGGAUACAAAGAGCCUGGUAUCGCUAGAUGUGCUGGUCCAGUCGGCAUGGAGGGCAAACUGCUGCUGACCACUCCUGCCAAAAAGUUUGAGUGCACUGGUGAGUCACUGUGUUCCGCAUCAUCUGAACAUAGGUGGCGAGGGCUCAUCCAUCGACCUCUGUUGGGAUGCUUUCGUUUGACCCUCACAUUUGCUCGUCCAGGUGAUGUGGACACAGACGUGCUGGCCAAAUGUAAUCCGUGUCUGUCGGGCCCCUGUCAGAACCAGGGCAUCUGCCACAGCGACCCGAUAAACCUCUACAGAUGCAGCUGCCCCCCAGGAUUCAAGGGGAGGAACUGUGAAACGGCGCUGAACGCUUGUGUCAGCAGCCCGUGUGCUAACGGAGGGACGUGCCAGGUGAACGAGGACGAGGAGGGAGAGUUCAGUUGCAUGUGUCCACGGGGCUUCGAGGGUCCCACGUGCCAAACCAACAUCGACGACUGCGAAGACAGCGACUGUGAGAAUGGCGCCACCUGCAUUGACGGGAUCAACAACUACACUUGUCUCUGCCCGCCCUACUACACAGGGGAGAUGUGCGAGGAGAUGGAGGACGUGUGCGCCCCUGGACGGAGCCCCUGCCAGCAUCAGUCGACCUGCCUCAUCACCUCCUCCGGGCCCAAGUGUGUCUGCGCUCCUGGUUACGUGGGCGACGACUGCAGCGUCAACUACAACGACUGCGAGGAGCACCGCUGCCAGAACGGCGCGCAGUGUUCCGACGAGCUGAACGGCUACUCGUGCGUGUGUCCAGAGGGAUUCAGCGGCCAGUUGUGUGAGAUUCCUCCCUCCCUGCUGUCGCUGUGUGAGCUCGCUGACUGUCAGAACAGCGCCCCCUGUGUGGAGAGAGGCGGACGCGCUUACUGCCAGUGUCCUCCAGAGUUCGGAGGGCCGCGCUGCGAGAAGUUGGUCAGCGUCAACUUUGUGGACCGCGACUCGUACCUGCUGCUGUCUGACCUGAAGAACUGGCCUCAGGCGAACAUCACCCUGCAGGUGUCCACGGCAGAGGACAAUGGCAUCCUGCUGUACAACGGCGACAACGACCACAUUGCCGUGGAGCUCUUUGAAGGUCAUGUGAAAGUCAGCUACGACCCUGGCAGUCAGCCCGGUCACGCCAUCUACAGCACCGAGACCAUCAACGACGGCCAGUUCCACACCGUGGAGCUGGUGACCUUUGACCAGAUGGUGAACCUGUCCAUUGACGGUGGUCUCCCCACCACCAUGGACAGCUUCGGGGCGGUGCGGCCCCUCAACGGGGAGGCUCCACUUUACGUGGGGGGUAGGGGCCCUCUCCAGAACACACCUCCCUCCUCUGCAGGGAUGCCAGUGGGGGUGCACUCCAGCGCCUUCCAUUUGUGGCAGAUCCAGAACAGCUCCAGCUUCCACGGCUGCAUCCAGAACCUCUACAUCAACAACGAGCUGCAGGAUUUCACCAAGACUCAGAUGAAGCCUGGCGUGGUGCCGGGCUGCGAGCCCUGCAGGAAGAUCUACUGCGUCCACGGGAUCUGCCAACCUGACGGGGCCCAGGGGCCCGUGUGUCACUGCCAGCCCGGCUGGACUGGACCGCACUGCGAUGAGACGGCUGCCAACCCCUGCCAGGGCAGCAAAUGUGUCCACGGAAAGUGCAUCCCGCUCGACAGCCAGUCCUACCGCUGCGAGUGCACCGAAGGUUACCGUGGCGCCCUGUGCAACCAACAGGGGGAGCUCUUCAACCCAUGCCGACGCCUGACCUGCAAACACGGCCGCUGUCAGAUUUCAGACACGGGCGACGCCUACUGUCACUGCGAGAGCGGCUACACGGGAGAACUGUGUGACGCCGAGUCCGAGUGCAGAGGCGAGCCUGUGCGAGACUUCUACCAGGUGCAGCGAGGCUACGCCAUCUGCCAGACGACCAGGAUGGUGUCGUGGGUGGAGUGCAGCGGCGCCUGCGACGGCGGCUCCUGCUGCGCCAGCCAGAGGAUGAAGCGCCGGAAAUACACCUUCCAGUGCAGCGAUGGAAGCUCCUUCAGCGAGGAGGUGGAGAAGACUGUCAAGUGCGGCUGCGUGGGCUGCAUGUAGCGCCGCUCGCUCGCUCGCACGCGCGCCAUAGAUAGGAGGGAAGAGAAAGAGAGAGUCUAAAGAGUAUAUAUAUAUAAAACCUCUAUCUAUAUAUUAUGGACAACCAUGCUUGUAUCAUAGGACAUUUCCUCCCCGUCCGAGAGCGUGUGAGCCGCAGCAACACACCCUCAACAAUGUACCACACCAUCUGCCACAUUGUUCCUUCCAUCUUCACCUGGAGGAGGCCGUUACCUUUGACCUGCGUUGGUCAGAGGUGCGCGGGUGUCGUGUCUGCGCGGACAUGGUCAUCCAUCCACACACCGACACGUAGAGAGGGAGAGAGACAGAGAGAGAGAGAGAGCUGAAGUGGCACAUAGACGGGCGCUGACGCGGAGGCCUUCCCCCGAGAGUCGGCCCACGCCGAGGCUCCACCCCGUGACAGGAGAGGCUGCACUGGAGAGCAGCGCCGAAGUACACGCCUACACACACACACACACACACACACACAUACACAGGGCCCAUUGACAGUGGUCAGCAAUCCCCCAGCAUGCAUUGCUUCAGGAUGUAGCCCCUCCCCCUCGCCGCUCGCCGCCUGCAGUAUUAUUGUGCAAACUGUUGCAUGUGUGGAGUCCAGUUUGCCAUGUAGAUUAAUACCAGUAUGAAUAUUGCCGGACAAAAAAAUGGCAGAAUCUUCCCAGUAUUUUUGUUUUGUCGGAUUUUUUUUUUUUAUAUUUUUGUGUCAUUAUCUAACCUCCCGCCUCCACAAACCCACGCCCCACAGCUCUUUAUAUAGAAAUGCCUAACAGAUUCUAAUAUAUAUAUAUAUACAUAUAUAUAUUUGUAUUUCAUUUUGGUAUAGUAUUUUUCUAUGUUUCCAGAUGCUUUGGAUUUUUUUUGUUUUUUUGUUUUUUUAAGUUACUCUGAAUAAUUGGCACAAGUUAAAACACGGCAGUUGUAUAGGAAGCGGUUUAGAAAUGUGUUUAAUAUUGUAUAUCUUGUCCUCCAUGUGAAUAUUACAUCCGACUCAGUGCUUGUUUUUGUUCCUUUAUUUAUUUCAUCUCGUAGAAGUGUUCCAAACGUUCACUUAUUUAAAAAAAAAUAACAAUAAAACCAAACAAAAAAAAGGCUGAAAAACGACAUCAAAACUUUGCAGUAUUUCGCCCCCAACUCACCGUUCAAUUGGUUCCAUUCGGGAGGUUUUCCACGGAGAAAUACACUGAGGGGUUGUUUUGUGUUGGAACUGAUCAUAAGCUGCUGUCAAGCCCGAGGGCGGAUCUCCCGCCUCCAACAUGUGAAUCUUCCACUACUGACAGAGGAUCCGGCGCAGGACAGGACGUUUGAAUCUGUCAGUCAGUCAGUCACGAGAGCGUGCCAACGACAGUGACCACCACCUGAAUGUAAAAACCUGUACAGAUAAAUAUGCUUAUUCAUGAAGUGGUAACUUUUAGAUGUUAUCUAGUUUGUAUAGAAAUCACAUCCUGUUUUUCUAAGUGACGCUCCAUCAGACGGUUUUUGGGUUUUUUUUUUUGCUUUGUUUUUGGGCUGAUAUCUUAAUGUUGAAAAGUCUCUUUAUAGUGUGAAGCUCCUCUUCAUAUUACUGCUACAUAUGUUGUGGUCCCAGUGGUGUAUGAUGAUGAAUAGUCACUUAGCUAGUGCGCCCCCUACAGGAGCCCGUCUUCACGUCGGUACGCUCCCUUGUACGGACGCACAACUUCCUGUUAGACAUCUUCGUGGUGCUUGUGCUAUAAUGAGAUGUAUUUCAGCCGCAGACUCUUCCAUUUUAUGAGCUUAUAUACAUGAAUAUGUUAAUGUAAACGACACAAUGUCCAUGUUGUUAUGAACUUGGUGGAAAAAGUCUGUUUGCUCCUCUGUUACAGUUCGAUGGUGGAUCGAGCCGAUGUUGCUCCCGAUUAACGCUGAAUGUACGUAGUGCCACCGACAUAAUGUUUACCAAACCUCCACUCUUUUCAUGAAUUAAACUUCAAUGUGUGUGUGUGCUUUUGAACGAGGCCUGUCCUUCUGAAAAGUGGUGUUGUUACCGUUGUUGUAUUGAAAAAUAAAUAAAUAAAUAAAAAAUAAUCAAAUAAAAAAAAAACGAAAGAAUAAUUAAACAUUUUAAUAAAUUGCAACCUGAAUAUGAAAUAGAUUGAUUACAAUUAAAAACACCAAAGAUAAAAAAAAUGAAUACAACGAAAAAUAUACUAAAUGAAAUGCAUCAUAUUUAAAAUCACACAUUUACAUGAAUGUUUUUACUUGAUUCUACAUAACAACAAAUAAUAAUAGUGAAAAAGGAAUAAGAUAAAUGAAUGAAAUUAGAUUUAAAACAAAAAAGUAUAAAAUGCUGCAACUACCAACAUAUACUUAACUACUUGUUUUGUUUUGUUUUUCUUUUAACAGCACUGUAUUUCUGCUUGGCU